GAACGUUAGCUCGCAGGGGCUCACACUGAUCCAAGUUAGGAGCUCUCAGCUGCUAGCCUUGGCCCAUCAUGUAAGGGCUGCUGAGCUUUCUUUGCAGAGCAAUUGCAAAAAAUCCCCCGUUUCCAGGCAGAUUUGCACGGUGUGCAAUUCGAAUUUCAUUCUUUGCACGGAAGCAAGCGGACCACACGUCUAAAUAGCCCAAGUGCAUGCGAAUCCGGGCUUGGGUUUUGCACCUUUGUUGCAAAGCAAGCCCGCUGAAGCUCCAGCGCGAGGGAGAUGGAGGGAGGGAGUGAGAGAGAAGGCAGAGUCUUUUGUGCUUCCCCUCCCCCCCACAACAGCAAAGGGGAAAUGUCUAAGGGAGGUAAGAAGCCAAAGCCGGCGCUCAGGCUGUCUAAGGAGGUGUUUGAGCAACCUGCCCCGGCAGCCGCACCUCCCAGAGAUUUGGACUCCAAAGCCUGUGUGACGAUUGGAGAAAAGAACUUUGAGGUGAAGGCCGAUGACCUGGAGGAGAUUGGCGAGCUGGGCCGUGGGGCGUACGGCGUGGUGACCAAGAUGCGGCACGUGCCCAGUGGCACCAUCAUGGCAGUGAAGAGGAUCCGGGCGACGGUGAACACGCAGGAGCAGAAGCGUCUGCUGAUGGACCUGGACAUCUCCAUGAGGACGGUGGACUGUUUCUACACAGUCACUUUUUAUGGGGCACUUUUCAGAGAGGGUGAUGUGUGGAUCUGUAUGGAGCUGAUGGACACGUCCCUGGACAAGUUCUACAAGCUGGUCAUCGAGAAGCACAUGACCAUACCAGAGGACAUCUUGGGCAAGAUCGCCGUAUCUAUUGUGAAAGCAUUGGAGCAUCUCCACAGCAAUCUGUCGGUCAUCCACAGAGACGUGAAGCCCUCCAAUGUGCUCAUCAACACCCAGGGCCAGGUGAAGAUGUGUGACUUCGGCAUCAGCGGCUACCUCGUAGACUCGGUGGCCAAGACCAUGGACGCCGGCUGCAAGCCCUACAUGGCGCCUGAGAGAAUCAACCCGGAGACCAAUCAAAAAGGCUACAACGUCAAGUCUGACAUCUGGAGUUUAGGAAUCACUAUGAUUGAGCUGGCGAUCCUGCGUUUCCCGUACGACUCGUGGGGCACGCCCUUCCAGCAGCUGAAGCAGGUGGUGGAGGAGCCGUCCCCCCAGUUGCCCCCAGACAAGUUCUCCCCCGAGUUCGUGGACUUCUCCUCCCUGUGCUUGAAGAAGAAUUCCAAAGAGCGGCCAAACUACACAGAACUCAUGCAACAUCCCUUUUUCACCUCGCACGAAUCCAAAGAGACUGAUGUGGCCAGCUUUGUCAAGGUCAUCCUCGGCGACUGAGAGGGUCGACCCCCCCCCCCCCCCCCCCCAUCUGAUCCGGCCUGACUCAAGUGCCCCCCU